AUGAGACCUCAACCUGUCUUGCAGUCACUUCGGCUGCUUCAGCGAUCUUCUUUAAUCAAUUCUACAAGUGGGCGACGUGCUAUUCAAACGGCUAGCAGCACGCGCAUCCCUAACUUCGCAUUUGCCUUUGACAUUGAUGGUGUUCUCUUGAGAUCUUCCAAGCCUAUUCCUGGAGCUGCUGAUUCUCUAGCUCAUCUGAAAGAGCAAGGCAUUCCCUUCAUCCUGCUUACCAAUGGCGGUGGUAAACACGAGACCGAGCGCGUUGCCGAGAUUAGUGAAAAGCUGAACAUCCCUCUGGAUGCAUCUGACAUUGUUCAAAGCCAUUCUCCCUUUGCCGAGCUAGUCAAAGGACCCGAUCCAGCUUCUGCCCUGGAGAAUAAAUGCGUCCUGGUGGCUGGCGGAGAUGGAGAUAAUUGCCGACGUGUGGCAGAGCAAUAUGGAUUUAAGAAUGUUGUGACACCCGGCGACAUCUUCAUGGAUAAUCCCGCCAUCUGGCCUUUCUCAAAGAACUUCUCGGACUACUACAAGAAUUUCGCCAGGCCACUUCCGAAACCCGUAGACCCUACAGACCGGACUCGGGGUCUCAAAAUUGACGCAGUCUUCGUUUUCAAUGAUCCCAGAGAUUGGGGUCUCGACACCCAAGUUAUUAUGGAUCUUCUGCUUUCGCGAGAAGGCCAUGUGGGUACACUCUCGGAGAAGAAUGGUCGAACAGAUCUACCAAACCACGGAUAUCAGCAGGAUGGUCAGCCUCAUCUAUACUUCUCUAACCCAGAUCUUUACUGGGCUGCAGCAUACCCGUUACCUCGUCUUGGACAGGGUGGAUUCCGUGAGGCAUUGGAAGGCGUCUGGGCUGCGACCACUGGUGGACCGAGCAAGGGUGUUGAGCUGAAGAAGACCGUGAUCGGAAAGCCCUACCAAGGAACCUAUGAAUUUGCCGAGCGACAGCUACUUCGUAACCGGGCCAAAAAUUUUGAGGGUGUGUCUGAUCUCCCGCCGUUGCAGCAGAUCUACAUGAUUGGCGAUAAUCCUGAGUCGGAUAUUCGGGGUGCGAACGCGUACCGUAGUACCUACGGAAGUAAGUGGCAGUCUAUUCUGGUACGCACUGGAGUCUAUCCCGGCGGUGAACCAGCCUGGACUCCUACUACGAUCGCAGAUGAUGUACAGAAGGGUGUACAGUGGGCACUGAAGACCUCGAAGUGGUCUUCUUGA